GGGGCCGCGCGACGGGCUGCAGAACGAGAAGAACGUUGUACCGACAGCGGUGAAAAUCAAUUUAAUCAAUAUGCUGUCAGAGACGGGGCUUCAGGUUAUAGAGGCCACCAGCUUUGUUUCCCCCAGAUGGGUUCCUCAGAUGGCUGACCAUACCGAAGUCAUGCAAGGAAUUAACAAGUUGCCUGGUGUUAGUUAUCCCGUGCUGACCCCUAAUCUGAAAGGAUUUCAGGCAGCGGUGGCAGCAGGGGCCAAAGAAGUGUCGAUCUUUGGAGCAGCAUCUGAGCUCUUCACGAAGAAGAACAUCAACUGUUCGAUAGAGGAGAGUUUGGAGAGAUUCGAUGAAGUGAUGACCGCAGCGAGAACAGCCAGCAUUCCUGUCCGGGGAUAUGUUUCCUGUGUUCUUGGAUGUCCCUAUGAAGGGAAGAUUUCUGCAGCUAAAGUUGCAGAGGUCUCAAAGAAGAUGUACUCGAUGGGAUGCUACGAGAUUUCCCUCGGUGACACCAUUGGCAUUGGGACCCCGGGGAGCAUGAAGGAGAUGCUGACUGCAGUCAUGAAAGAGGUGCCGGUUGGGGCCCUUGCCGUUCACUGCCAUGACACCUACGGGCAAGCUCUUGCCAACAUCUUGGUAGCGCUUCAGAUGGGUGUGAGCGUGGUUGAUGCUUCCGUCGCUGGCCUUGGAGGCUGCCCCUACGCCCAGGGAGCUUCAGGAAACGUUGCUACGGAGGACUUGGUGUACAUGCUGAACGGCCUGGGGAUCCACACGGGUGUGGAUCUGCAGAAGCUGAUGGACACGGGCACGUUUAUUUGCAACGCUCUCAACAGACGAACCAACUCCAAAGUGUCCCAGGCAUCUUGCAGACUGUGA